UAGUGGCUGUGCAGGUCCCCGGGGGCCGCGACGACCCCAGCGGACCCGCACACCUUUAUCACCCCGCCAUGGAGACCUCAGCGCAGCAGGAGCAGCAGCAGCCCGCGGCGGCCAAGAUCAGAAACCUGCCCUGGGUUGAAAAAUACCGGCCACAGACACUGAAUGAUCUGAUUUCUCAUCAGGACAUUUUGAGUACCAUUCAGAAAUUUAUUAGUGAAGACCGCCUGCCCCACCUGCUUCUCUAUGGUCCCCCGGGGACGGGAAAGACCUCCACCAUCCUAGCCUGUGCGAAACAGCUAUACAAAGAUAAGGAAUUUGGCUCCAUGGUCUUGGAGCUGAAUGCUUCAGACGACCGAGGAAUAGAUAUCGUUCGGGGACCAAUCCUGAGCUUUGCUAGCACAAGGACAAUAUUUAAGAAAGGCUUCAAACUGGUGAUCCUGGAUGAAGCUGACGCCAUGACCCAAGACGCCCAGAAUGCUUUGCGGAGAGUGAUUGAGAAAUUCACUGAAAAUACCAGAUUCUGCCUCAUCUGUAACUACCUGUCAAAGAUCAUCCCCGCCCUGCAGUCCCGGUGUACAAGCCCCCUGACUCCCGAACUCAUGGUCCCCCGCCUGGAACACGUCAUAGAAGAAGAGAAAGUGGACCUAAGUGAGGACGGGAUGAAAGCCCUCGUGACCCUUUCCAGCGGAGACAUGCGAAGGGCUCUGAACAUUCUGCAGAGCACCAAUAUGGCCUUCGGGAAGGUGACAGAGGAGACGGUCUACACCUGCACCGGGCUCCCCCUCAAGUCUGACAUUGCCAACAUUCUGGACUGGAUGUUGAAUCAAGACUUCACCACAGCCUACAGAAAUAUUAUGGAGUUGAAAACCCUGAAGGGGUUGGCGCUACAGGACAUCCUGACAGAGAUACACUUGUUCGUGCACAGGGUUGACUUUCCAUCUUCAGUUCGAGUGCAUUUACUGACCAAAAUGGCAGACAUAGAGUACAGACUCUCUGUUGGCACCAACGAGAAGAUUCAGCUGAGUUCCCUCAUUGCCGCUUUCCAGGUCACCAGGGACCUGAUUGUCACAGAGGCCUAA